AUGUCCACCCCAAAAUUCACUCUACCAGAAUCACAUGUCCAGGUGAAAUGUGACGUGGAUCUCUCACAAACAGAACUCAAUUCCUUCCCUGCAUUCAAAACAUGGCUAUCUACGCUGCAGACCUCGCUAUCGCGGCAGUCCGACGCGUCGCAUCCGUUCCACGAGGAUCCAUACCAUUUGCGCCAGAUCGAAAUCCAGGCGGUCGAUCGGUUCGGUGGAGGUCGAUUGGGCUUUGUCAAGAUGAAGGCCGAGGUGUCGAAUGGGAGUGGGGAGAAGUUACCCGGGAGUGUGUUUUUACGAGGAGGUAGUGUUAGCAUGUUGGAAAAAGGCAAAAUGGCCUUGUUGACUGUCCAGGCCCGGAUUCCGGCUGGUUCUCUGACAUUUACCGAGAUUCCAGCAGGAAUGCUAGAUGACAGUGGAACAUUUGCGGGAGGUGCAGCGAAAGAGAUUGAAGAAGAGACGGGAUUGAAAGUCAAGCAAGACGAGUUGGUGGACAUGACAGCCCUAGCCGCGGAGAUCUCUGCAACUUCAUCCGGAGAUGAGCCGCUGCAAAAGGCAAUGUAUCCCUCGGCUGGGGGUAGUGAUGAGUUUAUUCCGAUUUUCUUGUGUGAGAAGCGAAUGCCUCGCGAGGAGAUUGAGAAAUUGCAGGGCAAGCUUACUGGGUUGAGAGAGCACGGGGAGAAGAUUACUUUGAAGGUGGUUCCGCUGGAAGAUUUGUGGAAAGAAGGACUUCGCGAUAGCAAGACGUUGGCUGCAUGGGCGCUUUAUAGAGGGUUGAAGGACGCGGGGAGGAUUUAG